AUGGCCACGGCGACCUACCUCUCCUCCUCCUUCUCCUCCCCGCUGCCGCCGUCAUCACGCGCCCGCCUGUGGCGGCAGACGACCAGGGCGGCCGCGUCGGCCGCGACGGACCGCCCGCGCGAGGUGUUGUCCCCGAAGCGCCGGCUCCCGCUGCGGAAGGUGUCGGGUGACUACGGCCCACCGGUGCUGGGCGCGGUCCGCGACCGGUUCGAGUACUUCUACGGGCCGGGUGGCUGCGACGGCUUCUUCGCCUCCCGCGUGCGCGCGCACGGCUCCACCGUUGUGCGGCUCAACAUGCCGCCGGGCCCCUUCGUGGCGCGCGACCCGCGCAUGGUGGCGCUCCUGGACGCCGCCUCCUUCCCGGUGCUCUUCGACACCUCGUUCGUCAAGGAGGAGCGCGUCUCCGACCGGAAGCGCUCCGCCAUGGCUGAGGAGAUCCACCAGAACCAGGAUGAGGAGGAGGAGGUUGUGGCGGUGUCUUCCGGGAAGAAGACCAAACUGGAAAGAAGCAAAAGGGUGGCUCUUCAGGAGCUGGAUCUGGUUUUCUUGUGCCCCUUCAACUUUCGGAUGAUUUAGUGAAAUUUAUCGGCACUGGUGAGAGCAUGUUAUCAUGAUCUGAUGUCGUGAAGAAAAUGUGGUGCUUAAUAUAUAAGCAUAUUUUCUUUCCCUGUAUACCCGCUUUGCUGUUUUUUUUACUAUCAAUGUGAAAUGCUUAGCAUAUGUUAUCACGAUCUGAGUCGUUCAAGCUGGAGACUCUUUGUGAACCUUAAGUCUUGUUUUUAUGAUUGAAUAUGCAUACCAUAUGAUAUGCCGUUUUUUAUUGUACUUGCAUUAUGUAAUUAUUAUAUGUGGGGUUGUAUUUGGAAUUUAAGCAAUAUGAGAACAUAUAGUAGAACUUUUGGAUCCAUUGUUAUCAUGAAAUAGUAUGAAGAAAUUGUUACACAGUGAAUGUACUACUAUCGUUUGAUUAGUGUAAAUAAUUGCUUAAUAUGAAGGAUGCACAUGUGCAAAUGAUUUAGCUCGCUUUUGGUCCUAUUCUGAUGGCACUACUGUUUUGGUCCUAUUCUGAUGGCACUACUGUUUUGCUCCUAUUCUCUGGAAUAUUUCCUCUCUAUUUCUUGGACUUUGUUUAUUUGAGUUUCUCAC